AUGGCGGAGGCGGACAGCUCAGAGCAUGUGUCACAGGUCUCUCAGUCAGCUCAGCCCUCCUCUCUUCCCAAACCAGUGCCUAGUGGGCACUACAUGCCAUGUGUGCCCCAUACUCCUCAUCUGGCAGCUCUGACCACUUGUGCCGUCAGGGGUAAAGUUGGCAAGUUCAUCAGUCCAGAGGAUAUGACAUCGCGGGACUAUUACUUUGACUCCUAUGCCCACUUUGGCAUUCAUGAGGAAAUGCUGAAGGAUGAAGUGCGGACACUCACUUACAGAAACGCCAUGUACCACAACAAGCACAUUUUUAAAGAUAAGAUUGUCCUGGAUGUGGGUAGCGGCACUGGGAUCCUAUGUAUGUUUGCUGCUAAUGCUGGUGCUAAACAUGUCUAUGGGAUUGAAUGUUCAAGUAUAUCAGAGUAUUCAGAGAAGAUUAUUAAAUCUAAUCACUUACACAAUGUCAUCACUAUCUUUAAGGGGAAGGUGGAAGAGGUGGAACUGCCUGUCGAUAAAGUGGACAUAAUCAUCUCAGAAUGGAUGGGCUACUGUCUUUUCUACGAGUCUAUGCUCAACACUGUGAUUUUUGCCAGGGACAAGUGGUUGAAACCUGGUGGUGUAAUGUUCCCUGACAGAGCGGCACUCUAUGUUGUUGCUAUUGAGGACAGGCAGUACAAGGACUACAAGAUUCACUGGUGGGAAAAUGUUUAUGGUUUCGACAUGAGCUGUAUUCGCAAUGUUGCCAUCAAGGAGCCACUGGUGGAUGUGGUUGAUCCCAAACAGAUUGUAACAAACUCUUGUCUCCUCAAGGAGGUAGACAUUUACACUGUGAAGCUGGAAGACUUGUCUUUUACAUCAGCGUUUUGUCUACAGAUUCAGCGCAAUGACUAUGUUCAUGCCCUAGUUACUUAUUUCAAUAUUGAGUUCACCAAGUGUCACAAGAAGACAGGCUUCUCUACUGCGCCAGAUGCCCCGAGUACUCACUGGAAGCAGACAGUAUUUUACUUGGAGGACUAUCUGACUGUAAAAAAGGGAGAAGAAAUCUUUGGCAGUAUUACAGUUAGGCCAAAUGAGAAGAAUGUGAGAGACUUAGAGUUCACCUUAGAGCUGGAUUUUAAAGGUCAACUUUGUGAAGCAGCCAUAUCCCACGACUACAAAAUGCGUUAG